AUGACCGAACAGCAGGAGCCACACGUCCUCAUUAUCGGCGCCGGUCUUACAGGCCUCUUCAUAGCCCACGGUCUCCAGCGGGCCAAUAUUCCCUACACGCUCUUCGAAGCCGAAGAAGCCGGGACUUACAGGUCACGAGAAUGGACUAUGGGUGUGCACUGGGGCGUGCCGCUCAUCGAGAAGCUGCUGCCACCUGAUCUGAUGGCGAGGGUGAUCCCGGAAGCUUCGGUGGAUAAGACGUUGGACUAUGUGACUCCGCCAACCAACGGCAGUCGGAUUUAUGAUGGUGUUACUGGAGACGUGCUGAAGGAGUUGGUUAGUGAGGGGAAGUUGAUCCGGGUGAGUAGGCGGAAAUUGAGGGGGUUGAUUGCGGAAAGGAUUGAGGUGAAGUUCGGCCACAGAUUGGAGGAAAUCACAUACGAUGACGACAAGGGGACGGCGACAGCCCGUUUCACAAACGGCACAUCCUCCACAGGAACAACCAUAGUCGGCGCCGACGGUCCACGCUCCCAAAUCCGCAGCCUCCUCUUUGGCCCAGCAGAAGCCGCUGCUCAACCGCUCACUGGCAUCGUCCACCUAUCCAGUACCUUCUCCUACCGCGACGCCGAAAAAGCCAAGUUCGUGCGUACAGCUCACCCAGUCUGGUCAAUGGCCAUCCACCCAGAAGUCUUCGCCUACGUCUGCAUUCAAGACGUGCCGAAUCCAGACAAACCAGAGGACUGGGUGUACUUUGUGUUCAUCUGCUGGAUGGGUGAGAGGGAUCCCAGUCUUAGUCCGGAAGACGUCAUGAAAGUUGCGAAGGAGAAGGGAACUAAACUCCAGGAGCCUUUCAGGUCGGCGAUCCAGUGGAUUCCUGAGGAUGUGACUUUUCCGUAUGUGGAUGUUAGCUAUUGGGUCGCGAAGUCGUGGGAUAGUCAUAAGGGCAGGGUGACGCUUGCCGGUGAUGCUGCACAUCCUAUGCCUCCGUAUCGAGGCCAAGGUCUCAACCAUGCUGUUCAGGAUGCGUACAACUUCGUAGAGACCAUGAAGAAGAUCAAGGCCGGUGAGGUGGCUAAAGAGAGCAGCGUCCAAGAGUAUGGCGAAGAAGUGGCAAAGAGAGGCUCAGAGGAGACGAUGAUGAGCACAAAGAAUGCAUACAUGAUGCUGGCUUAUGAGGACUUCAAGGAGAGUCCUUACAUGAAGCACGGGCUGAGUAAACGGUAG